CCAGUCCCCUCUCUCUAGGCCGCCGCCGCCGCCGCCUCUUCCGCCACCGGGCGCUGGGGCCUUCGCACCGACAACAUGGAGGCCGUGAAAACCUUCAACAGCGAACUCUAUUCCCUGAAUGACUACAAGCCACCUAUUUCCAAGGCUAAAAUGACACAGAUUACUAAGGCAGCCAUCAAAGCUAUUAAGUUCUAUAAACACGUGGUACAGAGUGUUGAGAAAUUCAUUCAAAAGUGUAAACCAGAAUAUAAGGUACCUGGACUUUAUGUUAUUGAUUCCAUUGUACGACAAUCUCGACAUCAGUUUGGUCAAGAAAAGGAUGUGUUUGCACCCAGAUUUAGUAAUAACAUCAUUAGCACUUUUCAGAAUUUAUAUCGUUGCCCUGGUGAUGACAAGAGUAAAAUAGUCAGGGUUCUAAACUUAUGGCAGAAGAAUAAUGUGUUUAAGAGUGAAAUUAUUCAGCCUCUUCUUGAUAUGGCAGCAGGAAUUCCACCACCAGUUGUCACACCCAUAUUGCCAAGUACGGCAGCAUCUAUGAGCAACAACACACCAGGAACUCCUGUGACACCUGUUACUCCAGCCAAUGUGGUACAAGGUUUGCCUGACCCUUGGGUAUCUCAGAUAGCAAAUACAGAUACAUUAGCUGCUGUGGCACAGAUUCUGCAAAGUCCUCAAGGCCAACAGCUGCAACAAUUAAUACAGACACUACAGAUUCAACAGCAGAAACCUCAGCCUUCACUACUUCAAGCACUGGAUGCCGGUCUUGUUGUUCAGUUGCAAGCCUUGACAGCACAACUUACAGCUGCAGCUGCAGCAGCCAAUACUCUCAAUCCACUGGAACAGGGAGUCUCUUUUAAUAAGAAGUUGAUGGAUAGAUUUGAUUUUGGAGAAGAUUCUGAGCGUGGUGAAGAACCUAAAAAGGAAACUCCAUCUUCCCAGCUCCCUCAUGUUUCAGAAUCUGUAAACAACUCAAUUUUUCAUCAGUUAGCAGAACAACUACAACAACAGAAUCUUGAGCAUCUUCGACAGCAGCUCCUAGAACAGCAGCAACCUCAAAAGGUAACCACUCAAGAGAAUCCAGAAAGUACGUUUGGUUCAGAGCACUCUGCGUCACCGUCACAGGGAAGUAGCCAACAGCAGUUCCUUGAACCUGAGACAAACUUGGAUGAUUCUAUAGAUAUUCAGCAACAGGACAUGGAGUUAGAUGAAGGGCAAGAUGUUGCUGAGGAAGAGAUCUUUGAGCAAGAAGAAAAGAAAGUGCCUGUUCGCUCUAGAUCAAGAACACAUUCAAGAUCUCGUUCAAGGUCACCAAGAAAACGAAGGUCUAGGUCACGAUCUGGUUCUCGAAAGCGGAAACACAGAAAGCGAUCUCGCUCACGGUCAAGAGAAAGAAAAAGAAAAUCUUCCCGUUCCUACUCUAGUGAAAGAAGAGCUAGGGAAAGGGAGAAAGAAAGACAGAAAAAAGGAUUGCCUCCAAUCCGAUCUAAAACAUUAAGUGUCUGUAGUACUACUCUCUGGGUUGGUCAAGUAGAUAAGAAAGCUACACAGCAAGAUUUAACCAAUCUUUUUGAAGAAUUUGGACAGAUUGAAUCUAUCAAUAUGAUUCCUCCAAGAGGCUGUGCCUAUGUCUGUAUGGUUCAUCGACAGGAUUCCUAUCGGGCACUUCAGAAACUUAGUUCUGGAUCUUACAAAAUUGGAUCCAAAGUUAUAAAGAUUGCUUGGGCUUUAAAUAAAGGUGUCAAAACGGAAUACAAACAAUUCUGGGAUGUAGAUCUUGGUGUUACUUAUAUACCAUGGGAGAAAGUAAAGGUGGAUGACCUAGACGGCUUUGCUGAAGGAGGCAUGAUUGAUCAGGAGACUGUAAAUAGCGAAUGGGAAACGGUGAAGAGUUCAGAACCUGUCAAAGAACCUGUCCAAACUGUAGAGAGUCCAACAACAGUUGAAAAGACACCAGUGGUGACUACUCAGGCUGAAGUUUAUCCUCCACCUGUUGCUAUGUUGCCGAUUCCAGUAGCACCAGCUGUACCUACUGUUAGUUUAGUUCCACCAACAUUUCCAGUGUCAAUGUCCGUUCCUCCUCCAGGAUUUAGUGCAAUUCCGCCACCUCCUUUCUUACGAGCAAGUUUCAAUCCAUCACAACCACCUCCUGGUUUCAUGCCACCACCAGUUCCACCACCUGUUGUGCCACCCCCCGCUAUUCCUCCAGUGGUAGCAACAUCUCUGGUACAGCCUCCAAUAUCCAUGACUCCAGAGACAAUGAAAGAUGUUGCUUUUAGUAACCUUGUUUUGCCAGUUGGCUCUGUGUCUAGCAGUCUUGCUACUUCAACCAUGUCAGUUGGAAAUGUUUUUAAUCCACCAAGUAACCAGCCAGAGUCAGAAGACAAAUUGUCACACCUCACAGACCACCAGCUUUCUUCUAGUGAAAGUACCAGACCAGUGAUCCACAAUGGUGUCUCAAGUAGCUCUGGAAUUCUAGGUGGGCAGCCACCUAAUUUGUCAAGCAGUUCUGGAAUUCUGGGUGGACAGCCACCAAAUGUAUCAAGCAAUUCUGGAAUUCUGGGAGUACAGCCAUCUAAUGUUUCCAGUAGUUCUGGAAUUAUUGGAGCACAGCCACCAAAUAUUCCAAGUAGUUCUGGAAUUCUGGGACCACAACUACCCAAUGUGUCAGGUAGUUCUGGACUCUUGGGGGUACCACCUCCAAAUAUUCCUAGCAAUUCUGGACUCCUGGGAGUUCAGCCACCAAAUGUUCCAACUAAUUCUGGAAUUCUGGGACCACAGCCACCAACUGGGCCUCAAAACUUACCCCCAUUAAAUAUUCCUGGUCAGCGGAUGCCUGGAAUACCAAUGUUAGAUAUUCGUCCAGGACUUAUACCACAAUCUCCUGGGCCAAGAUUCCCUUUGAUGCAACCUGGACUUCCACCGCAAAGAGGAAUCCCUCCUCCAGCAAUCCUUGAUGCAUCUCUUCAUCCUCCACCUCGUGGUCCUUUUGCUCCGGGAGAUAUUUUCAGUCAGGCAGAGAGACCUUUUCCAGCUCCUUUAAGACAAAAUAUAGAUCAUAUUCCUAAUCCAGAAAAAAGGCUACCACUUGGGAAUGAUAGUAUUCAACAGGAAGGAGAUAGAGAUUAUCGUUUUCCUCCUAUAGAAAACAGGGAAACCAUUAGUAGACCUUCACCAGUGGAUGUUAGGGACGUAGUGGGGCGACCUGUAGAUCCAAGAGAAGGUCCAGGAAGACCUCCAAUAGAUGGAAGGGAACACUUUGGAAGACCACAUAUAGAUAUAAGAGAAAAUCUUGUAAGACCAGGUAUAGAGAACCUUGGUCGAAGAGACCACUUUGGUUUUAAUUCAGAUAAGCCUUGGGGCCAUAGAGAUUUUGAUGAAAGAGAGCAUCGUGUUUUACCUCUCUAUGGUGGUCCCAAAGGCUUCCAUGAAGACAGAGGUAGAUUUAGACAUGGGAAUUAUAGGUUUGAUCCUAGAAGUGGUCCCAUUUGGAACAGAGGAUUUGGACAGGAUGCUCACAGAGAUUUUGAUGACCGCAGAAGACCCUGGGAAAGACAAAGGGAUAGAGAUGACAGAGAUUUUGAUUUCUGCCGAGAAAUUAAUGGGAAUCGUUUUGGAAGAGACAGAAUUCAGAACACCUGGGUCCCACAUCCACAUCCACGAGUUUUUGAUUAUUUUGAAGGGGCCACUUCUCAACGAAAAGCAGAUAAUGUACCCCAGGUAAAUGGUGAAAAUACAGAGACAGAUAAUCAACCACCACCUUUACAAGUACAGAAUGAUCCUGAACUUUAUGAAAAACUGACAUCUUCAAGUGAAAUAAACAAAGAGAAGAGUGACACAGAAGCUGAUAUAGAAAGUGAACCAGUGGUAGAAAGCACAGAAACUGAGGGGACAUAAUCAUCACUCAGUAGGUAAAAGAUACCUUUUGUAAAGUUGUCAUCUCUCUGUAAUAGAUAAAUGGCUGACUGGACCUUAGUAGUUCACUUUUGUCUGCCAGAAUUAAGUUAAUCUGAUGUUCAUGUUCAUCUUUCACUUAAAUAAUUGUACAACUGACUUGUAUAGACACUGUUCUUAAUUUGAACAUGGUAGGUAAACAUUUUUUAUUUUCUGAUAAAUUUCAAAUGUUGCCCCAGAUACUUUUAAAACGUCAAAGAGAUGAAUAACAGCUUGUCAAACAAAGACUUCCUAUGGAAGAAAGUGAAUUUUUUAGAUACUACUAUUAGGUUGAUAUGGAAAUUGAUAUACUUGAAAACAACAGUUGGUGGUGUAUCUGUCCAUGUCUUUAGGUUGCUGCAGAAUUUUAAAGUAUAGACAAAGCUGUGAUAUUUUAUGUUCUGCUAUUUGGCAAAAACAAAAAACAAAACAAAGACUGACUCAUAGUCAUUUGAGGAGCACAAUACAGAGAUUUUAAAAAUGAUUUUGUAAAAUCUACACCAUGGUCUCUGUUAUCUCCAAAGUAAGUGUCUGUGAUUUGUUCCUCGUACUGCAGUGAGUAAAAAGAAAGAAAGAAAAAAAAUAUAAAAAAAGUUUCAUUGUUGGGUGAAUUCUGUUUUUAGCUGCCAAUAAAACAUAUUUGUUUGAUAACAGUGUUCUAGGCAUUGUAUUUUUUUUUUAACCUACAAGUUAUUAAAAUCUUGAAUCAGCAGUAGUACAUGCUUCAGUUGUUGCAAAAGGUUUCUAUUACUUUUGUAAGACCAAUGCAAGAACAUUGUGGUAGAAAAAGCAUGUACUUUUUUACCAAAAAUCAUGCGGUCUCAUUAGUAUGUAUAUAUAAUGUAUGUAUGUAUAUAUCUAUUGUGUAAAUUGUAUGUAGACAUUUUCUAUUUCUCUUUGGGCAUGCACUUAUAUGCAUACCCACAGAGAAACACAAUUGAAUAAAAUUAGAUUAUAAAAUAAAUACUGUCUAAGACUUGGUAGAAAGAAAAUUACAGAAGAUUGGCUAAUUGCUUAAAAUUAUUCGUGCUCAUAGUUGCAGUUCCUACUGUUUUGGGAAAGUGAAAAAAGAAACACUAAAGAGAUACACUAGAGGUUUGGCUUAACUUUUAGGAAAAAAUCCAAACACAAAACCAUAGCUUUGCAUGUAGCCAAAUUUUAAGCAAAUGUUUGCAUUAUC